AUGUCGGGAGCUCCGAAUAUGGAGAACUGGAACAUCCAGUUGUGCUGGUCUGCCCAUGAUCUGACGUGGGCACGGCCACCGUACCCGGCAUCAACAGUCUCUAAAUCUCCAAUAUUGGUAGUCUGUGCAGAGAUUAAGAAACAAAAGGCAGCUUCUGAAACCAAAAACAAAGAGCAAAUUAACCAAGUUCAAAAUGGAAAUAUUGCAGCACAAACUUUUAAUUUCCGUGAGCUAGCCACUGCGACAAACAAUUUCCGUCAAGAAUGUCUAUUGGGCGAAGGUGGAUUUGGAAGGGUCUUUAAGGGAAAGCUUCAGGCAAGCGGGCAGGUGGUGGCCGUGAAGCAGCUUGACAGAAACGGAUUGAAAGGAAACAAGGAAUUUCUUGUGGAGGUUUUGACGCUAAGCGUCCUACGCCAUGAAAAUCUGGUCAAUCUCGUAGGAUACUGUGCUGAUGGAGAUCAACGGCUUUUGGUGUAUGAAUACAUGUCAGGGGGUUCUUUAGAAGACCGUCUUCUUGAUGUUGGAGAAGAUCAAAAACCAUUAACUUGGUUUGCAAGAAUAAAAAUAGCAUUCGGUGCCGCUAAAGGAUUAGAGUACUUGCAUGAUAAAGCCAAUCCACCAGUAAUAUAUCGUGAUUUAAAAUCCUCAAACAUCUUGUUGGAUGAAGAUUUUAACCCAAAACUAUCUGAUUUUGGUCUUGCCAAACUUGGCCCUCUUGGAGAUAAGAUGCACAUAUCGUCAAGGGUGAUGUGCACGUACGGCUAUUGUGCUCCAGAGUAUACAAGAACAGGCCAUCUAACAUUGAGGUCAGAUGUAUACAGUUUUGGAGUUGUUUUACUCGAGCUCAUCAGCGGAAGAAGAGCCAUUGACAACACGAGACCAGUUGAAGAGCAAAAUCUAGUUGCAUGGGCACAAUCCUUAUUCAGGGACCCAAAAAGGUUUCCAGAAAUGGCGGAUCCGCUUCUUAAAAAGCAAUUCCCUGAAAAAGAUCUGCACCAAGCAGUUGCAAUAGCAGCCAUGUGUCUGCAAGAGGAAGAAGCAGUCCGUCCCUUGAUGAGUGAUGUUGUAACUACUCUAAGUUUUCUUUCUGCAACUUCAUUGGAGAACAUCCCUGCUCCUCUUCCGCCCCCCACCACUCCUUCACAACGCGAAAAUUAUAAGGAUCAUCACGACCAAGACAGCUCAGACGAUGGCAGUCCAGAUGUUGAAGAUCGUGGGGGUGGAAUUGGCUCAGAUGGUGAAGAUGAACACCGUGGAAGUGUAAUUAUAGAGGUAAAAGACUGGCUUUCCAGCUCAAGCAACGAAAGCGGCGAGAGAUCAUCACGUGACGGAAGAGCUUCCUCAAGGCACAAAGGCAGCUUUAGAUCACAUGAAGGAAUUAGUGUGUCGUCAAGACAUGGAAGCAGCGAGAUAACUGGAGGAAAAGGAAGUGCUUCUAGCCGCAAAAGCAGCAAGAGAAGAAGCAGAAAAUCUAGUGAUGGAAGUGUUUUUUCAGGCGACAACGGCAGUAGGGAAUCACAGGAUAGAAGUGAUCCUUCCCGUUGCAAUAGUAGCAGGGGAUCUAAAAAUGGGAAUAUUUGUGCUUACUUAGACCAUAACAGCAUCAGCGGAUCCCAAAAUGGGAGAUAA